GGCAGUGACCUCACAGUAGUGUCGCCACCGUCGCGUUUCACCCCGGCAGCGCGGCGGCUUAGGCUGCGCAGCUUGUGUGUGCGGCUCCGUUCCGUCUCAGCGACCGGUCCUCCGCUUCGUCCCCGCCUGUUGAAGGAGGGACCGCCUUAGCUGCCUUGCAGGAGGACGUCUUCGCUGCCUGUCUUCUCGCUUCUGUCACCGUCGCACGCGUGACGCGCGCCUUCGUUGCCCCGGGGCCUUCUUUGUCAGGCUCCGGGCCGUCGGCUAGGCCCACUUCUCCUCCAGGGAGCCAUGGCCGAGCAGACGGGCUUGGCUGUGCCGCAAACCAUGGACAGAAGCUGCUGGGUUUGUUUUGCUACUGAUGAGGAUGAUCGGACAGCAGAGUGGGUGAGACCUUGCAGGUGCAGGGGCUCUACGAAAUGGGUUCAUCAGACUUGUCUGCAGCGCUGGGUGGAUGAAAAGCAAAGAGGAAACAGUACUGCUAGAGUUGCUUGUCCUCAGUGCAAUGCAGAAUAUUUAAUAGUGUUUCCAAAGCUAGGUCCAGUUGUUUACGUUUUGGAUCUUGCAGAUCGCCUGAUCUCAAAGGCUUGUCCAUUUGCCGCAGCUGGAAUAAUGGUGGGCUCUAUAUACUGGACAGCUGUUACAUAUGGAGCUGUGACGGUGAUGCAGGUUGUGGGUCACAAAGAAGGUCUUGAUGUCAUGGAGAGAGCCGAUCCUUUGUUUCUUUUGAUUGGACUUCCCACUAUCCCAGUCAUGCUAAUACUGGGCAAGAUGAUUCGUUGGGAGGACUAUGUGCUCAGACUGUGGCGCAAAUACUCUAAUAAACUACAGAUUUUGAACAGCAUAUUUCCAGGCAUUGGGUGUCCUGUUCCUCGUAUUCCAGCAGAGGCCAACCCUUUGGCAGACCAUGUCUCUGCUACACGUAUUCUGUGUGGAGCUCUAGUUUUCCCUACUAUUGCCACGAUAGUUGGCAAGCUGAUGUUCAGCAGUGUGAACUCAAAUUUACAAAGGACAAUCUUGGGUGGAAUUGCUUUUGUUGCUAUAAAAGGAGCUUUUAAGGUUUACUUCAAACAGCAGCAAUAUUUGCGCCAAGCUCACCGAAAAAUUUUGAAUUAUCCUGAGCAAGAAGGAGCAUAAAGCUGUGGUCUCCAGAUGUCACCCAGCCUCACCUGACAGGUUUCCUUGUUGUAUUGGUUCCAUCAUUAUUGCACAGUAGUGGAGAACUGAGAUAAGCUGCUGCUCCUAUUUCUUUUUUUCUCUUUAAGCCUAAUAAAGCACUGUCUUACGGCAGGGUAAAUCCGUUCAGCAACCACCAAACAUCAGACUGUGUCUUGGCCUUUGUUAUUUUUGGGUAUUUCUGUUGCACAACAGGCUUCU